AUGGCUGGCAACGACGACAUCGAGGCUGCGACCACGAAUACUCAUCCCGAGGAUGCAGUAAAGGGAGAAGUUGCUGACGAGGGUUAUGAGCUAUUUGAGGAGACAGCGCCCGAUGCGGUCUCACAGGAAGCAGCCGACGCUGUUCGUCGCAAGAUUGACCGUCAUUUGCUCCCUCUCAUGUGCGCGCUCUACGGCCUCAACUAUGUUGACAAGGUGGCAAAUGGUUGGGCAGUGCUCUUCGACCUGAGAGCUGAUCUUGGUCUGGUCGGAACUGAGUAUUCAUGGGCUAGCUCCAUGUUUUACUUCGGCUACUUGGCCGCACAAUAUCCCGCCAACUACAUUUUGCAGCGCUUUCAGACGGCCAGGGUUCUGAGCAUAUCCGUCAUUAUCUGGGGAAUCCUCAUGCUUGGUCAUCUUGGCCUUAAGAAUUUCGCCGGGUUCAUGGUGAUUCGCUUCCUCCUUGGCGUCGCCGAGUCAGUUGUCACGCCUGGCUUUGUGCUGUACACUUCCAUGUUCUACACCCGAAAGGAGCAGGUGUGGCGAACUAUGCUAUGGGCCGCUAUGCAAGGAUGCUUCAGUAUCGUGACAGCUCUGAUAUCAUAUGGGUUGGGUCACAUCACCAACACCGCCCUACGUCCGUGGAUGUACAUCUUUCUUGUCCUAGGUCUCCUGAGUCUGAUUGUCGGAUUCGGCUGGCUCUUUUACAUGCCUCAGACCCCAAAUAAGGCCAGAUUCCUUUCCCCAGAGGAGCGCGUGAUUGCAGUCCAACGCGUCGCUGGCAACAUGAUGGGAAUCAAGGGCUACCAGUGGAAGAGCUACCAGAUAUGGCACGCCGUCAUUGACCCCAAGGUCUGGCUAAUUUUAGCCUUUGUCCUCUUUACUCAGCUACCAAACGGAGGACUCACCAGCUUUGGAUCUCUUGUCGUCUCUGGCUUCGGCUUUGAUUCCUUUAGAACGCUGCUCAUUGGCCUGCCCUCGAGUGUGGUGAGUGCCGGUAGUAUGAUUGUAUGGGGAACCUUCUCCAUCAAGCACGGCAACCUACGCACUUGGGGCAUGAUCAUUCCCCUCUUGCCCGCCAUCGCCGGUAUUGCCGCUGUGUAUGGUACCAUGAACACCGAUGCAAACAAGUACGGCCGAGUUGUUGCCUACUGGUUGAUCAACUCGUAUGCGGUAACAUGGCCAUUCGUACUGACCAUUAUUGGUCAAAACAUUGCCGGACACACCAAGCGAGCCUUUACCAACACGAUGAUGCUGAUCUUGUUUGCGACCGGCAAUAUCGCCGGUCCCUUUUUCUUCCGCAGUCAAGAUGCUCCGCGAUACGUCUUGGCCAUCGCCAGUAUUCUCGUCUUUUUCUGCGCGUCCUUGCUCUGCGCUGUAGUGCUGCGCUUCUACAUGUUGUGGGAAAACAAGAGGAGAGAUCGUGUCUAUGGCGCUGUAGAGACUACAGAGGCCAAGGUUGACGGCAUGCGGACGGGUAUGCACGAUAAGACGGAUCAAGAGAACACAGAUUUCCGAUACGUUCUGUAA